CUGUCCUCCAGCAGGUCUGCAAGUGUCUUUACCGACUGUCAUUACUCACUGCACAUCAUAAGGGACUGCUUGAAAGCAUGGCGUCUGAGUUAUUAUCGGGUACGAUGAUUCUGCUGAUGAUGAUGUCGAUGCAAGGAGCUGAAGCCGCUCCAUUGGAUGACUACGUCAACAGGCCAGACCCGUUCUAUUCAUGGACAACACUAAACUGGAGCUCCCGCGGUCCUACAUACACGCUCUUCGCCAUCAACAUGACAUCGCAAAUGUGGCUGACAGAUGCUGAGAGCAGCCAGGCGACAUGGUGGCACUAUCUCUAUGUGGUGGUGCCGGAUCGUCUAACCAACUAUGAAACAGCAUUACUCUACAUUGGUCUUGGAAAUAACCCUGACAGCUGCAUUCCAGCAGCAAAUGACCCCUUCAUCAGUUUCGCCACAAAGAUGGCUGACAGCACGGGGUCGGUGUGUGCUGUCCUCAACCAGGUGCCCAACCAACCAAUCGUCUUCAAUAACGAUCCAAACCAGGCGAAGCGGUUCGAAGAUGCGAUCCUUGCCUGGUCGUGGUAUCAGUUCAUCAACAACAAUGCGUCCGUUGACUGGCUUACCGUUCUUCCCAUGACCAAGGCCGCGGUGAGAGCCAUGGACACCAUCACUGCCUUUGCCAAUCAGCUGAAUCCUUCUCAUAACAUCAACAAGUUUGUAGUCAGCGGGGCUUCGAAGCGAGGCUGGACAACCUGGUUAACAGGUGCUGUAGACAGACGGGUGGUGGCCAUUGUUCCCAUAGUCAUGGACUUACUAAACAUAACGGAGAGCCUCCACCAUCAUCGUCAGUCACUCGGCGGUUGGAGCUUUACUUUCCACGAUUACUACAGCCUUAACAUCACCACGGAACUUGACAACCCCAGGUUUCUCAGAAUGCUCGAUAUUAUCGAUCCGAUUGCGUACAAAGACCGUCUGACCAUGCCAAAGUACAUCAUCACUGCAGGCGGCGAUGAGUUUUUUCUCCCUGACAAUUCUUACUAUUACCUGGAUCAGAUGCUUGGAGAAACCUAUCUCAGAACUGUUCCAAACAUAGGACACAGUCUCACUUUUCAAACGGCAUUGGUCUACUCGGGAGUACAAGCUUUUUAUCUCAGUGUUGUGGAGAAUACUCGACGACCUAACAUGACAUGGACCAUGAAAUUCAAAAGAACAGGCGGUGUUCUGACCAUGUUCACGGACACAAUACCGGUGAAAGUGGAGGUUCAUUAUGCAAAGACAGUGGAUGGCGUCAGGCGCGAUUUCCGUGCCAGUGUGCUAGACCCGACCAAUCCAGGCUCAGUCAUACCACACCCAGUCUUCUGGAACGAAACAAAAGCAGUUGCAAAGAACAGUUUUCAGUACAGGGCCACCUUUCGCAACCCCAAGAAAGGCUGGUUGAUUUUUCAUAUCCAGGCCUUUUUUGAUGGUCCAAAGGGAAGUAAGUUCGAGUUUACUACCGAAAACAUGAUAAUUCCGAAUCGCCUCCCCUUCCCCAGAUGCCAAGGAGAGGCGUGUCACGGGAUGCUGCUGUAAGAGGAUGUGGUCAACGACUGAGGCAAAUAUGACGAGAUAUUUACAUGCGUGGUAUAUCUAGACAAACGAGAUGAAACCCAAAGGUCGAACACAGUAGACUGUAGACGAUAAUUAACGGCUGGCUAUUAAUGCAGAACACAGCAAACGUUAACAACAAAGGCAAUCAUGUCAAUCGGAAGACGACGAAAAUGAUGUAAAAGACGGGCAUAAAAAAAUCAUGUCUGUCUGUAGACAUCUAGCAUUGGGUGUUGAAAAAAAAAAAGAAAUAUGUAAAGCCUCUUGCCAUCUGAUGAAAAAUAAAUUGAAAGUAGCCGUUAUUAUUCCAGGUUUGAU